AUGCAACAACUACAACAACAACAACAGCAACAACAGCAACAACAACAGCAACAGACAUAUAAACAAUAUCUUGCAGUUGGAGACAGCCCACUUGAUCAAUCAUUUGGAAGUGAUACACCAUUGAUCGACACACCGCCUGGAGGUGCCAGUCCCAUUAUAGACUACAAGGAGAUGGUUAGACAACAGGCCUUUGAACUGAUAAAGUCUUCAGAGGGCAUGCCCGAGUACUCCUACAUCGUUCGACCCAUAAUGAGUGUCUUGACACCUCCCACAUGCAUGUCCUCGCCAACAUCAUCAGCGACCACUCCCCUUCAACAGAUGCCCUCUGCAUCAAUGCUCGACUUUACAAACUAUUUCAACAGUGAUCAAUUGGCAAACUGCGGUGUUGGAGUUGGCGUUGGCGGUGGCGGUGGUAGUGGCGGUGGCAGUGGCACGAGCCCUGCUGCUGCUCCUCCCAGCACCAAUACAACUAUCUCUGUCACAUCAAGUAAUGGUGGCGUCAUCACAAAGACUGAUCAACCAUCAACACAGGAUGCCAACACAGCCAGCAGCAGCAACAAUAGUAGUGGCAGUGGCAGUGGCACAUCGACCACCAAUCAGCAGCAGCAACAACAACAACAACAACUGUCAUCACCAGCAUUGCAGGGCACUAACAAUCAACAGAUGCCUUGUGCGGACAUACCUUAUCAAUCUCCAAACUUGACGGCACUCAAUCCUCCGCCAAUACUCACAAAUGCAUUGGCCAAGUCUACAGGAUCGUUGGUCUCCAGCACCAAUGGCACCAAUAUAGAUGACCCGGCGGCAGCAGCAGCGGCAGCAGCAGGUGGCACGCCUGUCAAGAAGAAGCGUGGAAGACCACCCAAGAACAAGGACCUACAUCAACAACAGCAGCAGCUGGCGGCAGCGGCGGCGGCCGCACAAGCUGUCGAUGCCCUGGACGACAAACAAAAGACCAAACGAGCUAUCUAUCUCUGUAACAAAUGCAAACUGCCAAAGAAAGGACAUGUUUGUCCAAGAGGCGAAGAUGGUGAUGAUGAUGGAGGCAAUGAAGUUGGAGAGGAUGGAAAGCGCAAGACAAAGAAGGAGAGGCUCGAGUUGAGGGACAGUGCCAAUGGAAAACUGGGAAACAGCACCAACUCAGUGCCACAGACCAUUGGAGAGAGCAAUUGGAGUCCAAUCACAUUCGAGUCAAUCACUGGUGGUCUUUUAGCCAGUCAGAACAGUAUCUUUAGCAAGGGCCUGUCACAAUCAUUGAGUAGCAGUACUAGUGGCGGUGGCAACAUCAACAACAACAACAAUAAUAAUGGAAUCAACAACAACAUUAAUAGUAGCGGAAACAUUCAAUCAUCAAUAACCAAUAUCAAUCCAUUUGUACAGACACAACAACAACAACAGCAACCACAACAACAACUCCUUCACCAGCAGACACAGUCACAAUUACAAUCACUGCAGCAACAACAACUCCAACAACUCCAACAACAACAGACAAUUAACAACUUCAACUCCAACUCCAACAAUGACCAGACCUCGCCAAACAUGACACCAACAUUCUCAAGCGAAGGUCUCUACACUGGCCUGCAACAACAACAACCACAACAACAAUCACAACAACAACAACAACAACAACAGCCAAUGAUCGAUUUCAGCCUUCUGGCAGCGCAACAACAACAAAUAUUACAACAACAACAGGCAUUACUUCAACAACAACAACAACAACUUUACUCUCAACAACAUACAUUCCAACAGGCACCCGUACAAUUGACAGCAUCGGCACUGCUGUCCAGCAUUAACGAUGCUGGCCUGCACCAUCAGAUGCUCUCAACGCAGCCAGCAUUCUCAGCGACCACCAUAGCCAGUCUCGGAUCACCAUUUAACAACAUCAUCAACAAUGAUGAUGAGUUUGAUGACAUAUAA